AUGGCUAAGCUCAUGUCUUCUCAGAUUAAAAGUAAUCAAGAGCAAGCCAACAUUAAUACAAGAGUAGACUCAUCACUUAGGAAUCUUGAGGUGCAAAUGGGGCAAAUCGCAACUGCUGUGAAUGCGCUUCAACAAGGAGGGUUACCAAGCAAUACUGUACCUAAUCCUCGUAAAGAUGGUAAAGAGGAGUGCAACGCGAUCACCUUGAGGAGUGGUAAGCAAUUACCUGAUAUAUCUCCUAAGGCAUCAAAGUCGAAACAAACAACUGAGGUACGUUCUGAGCCUAGCAAAAAUAAACCAACUGUUGAUGAGAAGGAAAAUAAUGGUGCGACUAGUAAGGAAAAGACAGUUGAGCGUCCUAAAGUGGUGCCACCACUUCCUUUCCCGCAAGUGUUUCAGAAGCAGGUUGAAGAUCAACAAUAUUCGAAGUUUCUGGAAAUCUUCAAGCAACUUCAUAUCAAUAUUCCUUUUUCUGAGGCAUUAGAGCACAUGCCCAAAUAUGCCAAGUUUCUCAAGGACAUGUUAAGCAAGAAGAGACGACUUACUGAGUAUGCAACUGUGGCACUAACUAAGGAGACAACCAGCAUAAUUAAGCCCCACAUCCCUCUGAAGUGUAAGGAUCCUGGUUCUUUUUCUAUCCCAUGCCUAAUUGGAGAACAAUUUAAAGGUCGUGCACUCUGUGACUUGGGGUCUGCUGUGAACCUUAUGCCUCUCUCUGUUUUUAAGAAGCUCCAUUUAGGAGAAGCUAGUCCUACAACUGUGACACUUCAGUUAGCAGACAGAAGCCUCUCAUAUCCAUACGGCGUCAUUGAGGAUGUACUGGUGAAAGUUGAAUCAUUCAUAUAUCCUGCUGAUUUUAUCAUCAUCGACAUUGAAGAGGAUAAAGAGAUUCCACUAAUUGUUGGAAGACCAUUUAUGGCUACCGCAAAAGCAUUAGUGGAUGUAGAGAAAGGGACAAUAAGUCUACGCUUUGGUGACGAGCAAAUCACCUUCAAUAUGGAGAAAAUAAUGAAGCAUCCAAAUAUAGUGGAGCAAUAUGCAAGUAUUUCGGUGAUAGAUGAGUUGAUUCAAGAGGAGUUGGAUUCGUUUGCUAAUAAUGACCCGCUCCAAACAUUGUUAGCUGAAAUUGAUAUUGGGGAGGAUAUUAGCCAAGGACAAAUUGGGCAUGUUUUGAGCACCUCUACAACAUUCACUAAGAAAUAUUGGCAAUUUGAAUCCUUAGGGCUAGAAUCACAAACGACUCCAAUUCUUAAACCUUCUUUAGAGCAACCCCCAAUGUUAGAGUUGAAGCCACUUCCGUCCCAUCUAAAGUAUGCAUAUUUGGGAAAUUCUGAAACAUUACCAGUAGUAAUUUCAUCAUCACUCUCAGUAGAGCAAGAGGAGCGGUUACUACAGGUGUUAAAGAAUAAUAAGAAGGCUAUAGGAUGGACAAUAGCGGAUAUUAAGGGAAUCAGCCCUGCCAUAGUGAUGCAUAAGAUUCUACUCGAAGAUAAUCAUAAGAAAUCCAUCCAGCAUCAAAGGAGGCUAAACCCUAUGAUGAAAGAAGUGGUAAAAAAGGAGGUUAUUAAGUGGUUGGAUGCUGGAAUUAUUUAUCCCAUUUCUGAUAGCUCGUGGGUUAGCCCGGUGCAAUGUGUUCCUAAGAAAGGUGGCAUGACAGUAAUCACUAAUGACCAAAACGAGCUCAUCCCCACCCAAACAGUUACUGGUUGGCGAAAUUGUAUGGACUAUAGAAAACUCAAUGAAGCCACAAGGAAGGAUCAUUUUCCACUUCCUUUCAUUGACCAAAUGUUAGACCGAUGA